CUUGAGGGUAAGUGACUAAGACCUCUCCUCUGCUGCCCACGAACAAUGGUGCAGGGAUUACUGGCGUCUUCAGUCAAACCCGAGCAGGCUCCACAGAGAGAAGGCUGACUCUCUAGACAGGUGGAAUUACAUGAACGACAGCCUGCGGACUGAUGUCUUUCUGAGAUAUCAACCGGAGACUAUUGCGUGCGCCUGUAUCUACCUUGCAGCUCGGACUCUUCAGAUUCCGCUCCCAAAUCGUCCUCACUGGUUCCUUCUCUUUGGGGCUACGGAGGAGGAAAUUCAAGAGAUCUGCCUGAAAAUUUUAAAACUCUACACAGUGAAGAAGAUUGACCUGGCCGUUCUGGAGAGCCGUGUUGAGCAGCGGAGGCUGGCCAUGGAAGAGGAGAAAGCCCAGGCCAAAGGCCUCAUGCCGGAUGGAACUCCCCAUCUGGCGGUGUCAGGUUUUUCUCCCGUCCCCAAACCAGAGUCUCCGAAAGAUACCAAAGGCUCCAUUAAGCCUUCCCCAUUGCUCGUGCAGGUGGUCAAAAACGCAAAGCGGAAGACCGAAGGGAUGAAGCGAUUAAGGUCCAAAAGUCCAAUUAAUGGCGUUCAGAAAGCGGGCCGCGAGAGCAGGAGUCGCAGUAGAAGCCGAGAGCAGAGCUAUUCUCGAUCCACUUCGCACUCGCCUUCUCCGAAAAAGAGGAAAAGUGAAAGCUAUUCCACCUCCAGCUGCUCCAAGUCGCACAGCCGUUCGAGGAGCCGCAGCGAUUCGCCUCCCCACCAGUUCGGCCACACGGCCUCCAGUUACCAAAGUUCCAAGAUGCGAAGCUACAAGAAGGACAAGGGGUACAAGUACGCCUCUCCCAAAGCCCGGCAGUCCCACAGCCGCAGCUCCUCCAGGUCCCGCAGCCGUUCGCAGGAACGGGAGCGUCCUGAGCACACGGGCAAGUAUCGGAAGAAGAGCCACUACUGCAGGGAUCAGAGGCCCGAGCGGCACCACCCCUACGACAGGCCGAGCCAUCGCUACGAGAGAGAUCCCCCCGGCCACAGCCGACACCGGAGAUGAAGUCAGACACAGCACAGCCAAAGCUCUCUCCCCAUUUUCCCUGGCUUCAGCCAAGCCUUUCUUUUGCCUAAAGCUGGACUCUGGAGCCUGACAAACACCUUGACUAUUUAAGGGCCCGGAUGGCACGGACCGUACACGGGGCCAACGAUGAGAUUUGAGGGGCACUCUUUGGCUGUUUCCCCCUUGUCUUGAUAGAGGGCUGUUUGCUUGUCUGCUGGAUUUUGUGUCUGCUUCAUGCUGGUGUGAUGAUGCCCCUUUGAGCUGUCAAAGCAGGAGUGUGGCCUGCCUCAAGAUUCUAUGAAGGAAAACCUCGGAACACUAUUCAGAGGGUUGAGAUUCUCUCCCCCCCCCUUUCUCAAUUUAUUAAAUAUUUCUUCCUCUCUCUCAGAGGAUCUUGGAAGAUCCACCCCAACAACAUUGCUAGGUGCUAACAGCAUUUUUUUCUUUCGUUUAUGUUUUUUUUUUUUUGUCAUACGGUCAACUUGUCUGCAUUGUUAUUUUACAGAAAGCGAUUCUCGGAUUCUUAAAACUUAAGUGCCUAUAUUAGGCACGUUUGGAGGGGGAAAGGAUCUGACGCUGAAAUGGGAAGGGCAGAGGAAAGCUUUAACCCUUUCAGAGUGCAAAAUGUGUUUCAAGUAAUUUUGGAACUAGGAACCCGCAUCCUGAGAAUGCAGAUUUUACGUUCCUUAACUGGAGGGGUUUUCCCCACAGGCCUACUCACUAUUAUUGUUAUUAUUGUUGUUAUUUUUUUAUCCCCAGCAGAAAGAACUAUGGAAUAGUAUUUAAAUUCCACGAGUUGAAAGUGGGUGUUUUUUUAAAAGAAAAAAUCCUGGUGCUGGCCGCCAGUUCUAAGCUGGGGGUGAUUUCAUAGAGCUUAACCUUUUAUGUGGUUUAGGUAAUAAAAAUUUACUCAGGAUCUUUUCAAAAGUCUGGAGAACUGAUUGUUUUUGUCUGCUCUUAGCUUGCUGAAGAAAAGGUGUUUCUAUUAAGAGAGAAACGUAUGCAGCACAAGAAUAUCCGUUUUAGUGGUAUAUCUGUGCUGUCUUCCUGUUCCUUAAUUUCAUUAAAGUAUUUGAUUUUGUAUUUAAA